CCAGCUGAAAGGCAGGAGUAAUUAACUUCUCGCGGCGGGGUACUGUACCUAUACAUGGGAGAGAGAUUUGGGAGCUGCAGCGGAAAAAGGAAAACAACCUUGUUAAACAACUGAGUUCAGCCAGUUUUGCUGCCUUGCUGACCUGCAGAGUGUAGUGUUGAUGUGUUUAUACCUCCGUCCACAACCAACGCAUUAACACACGGUUACCGCCAAAAAAAUCCCAAAGUCGAUUCAUCCCAGGAAUCAAAUCUUGUUUAAAAGCACCUUAUCGGAUGAAAUAACAAAUAUAUAAUAAAUAGUUCCAGCACCUCAUUCAGCUACUGUUUACGGGUAUAUGGUGGAGGUGUAAAAACGGUGGGUGUUGUUAGUGUAAAGCCUUGAUAAGUUGAAAUUGAUUGUUUUUCUAAGACUUUUCAUGGACCAACAUAUUGAAAGGGGGAUAUAUUGGAGAAUUACUAGUAGGGUUAUUCAGGACAGUUUGGAUGUUAGACCAGGGACAAAAUUGAAAUUUGGAAGAAAGAGCCCAAGUUUUGAAGAUUUGAUACAAGCGUCGUGUAGCAGCAGUUCCAAUUUAUAGGAAACAUUUGUAUAAUAGUUAAAGUCAGCAAGUGGAGGAAACUAUUGGACCAGGAUUAGAUAAUAACAUUACAUGCAGUUCCAAAACUGUAUGCCACAAGCGACAAUUACAUAUUGAGAAAUCAUUUUGAUCAAAAAGGGAAUUCAGGACAUUGAAGAAAACAGAAGGAUUUAUAUACUUGCAUUGCUGAAAUCAUCCCAGGAUGGCUAGAGAGAAUGCUGUGUUUGGCAUCAUUGUGCUAGGACUUCUGUACAGUUGCUAUUUAGUUGAAGAUGUACAUGGACAAUGCACAGAUCUAUGGAGUGGUCCCACCGAAUACCCCCCAUACAUAGACUUACAGCCAGAUCAAUUGAUGCAAUUCAAGAAACGUCUGGCAUUCACCAUGGAGUGUCAGGCCAGUGGAAACCCAGCGCCAACUUACACGUGGUAUAAGAAUGGCCAGCCCUUCAAUCCCAGUGGGGAUACCACCAUGAUGACUGGCCUGGGAAAUCUGAACUUUGACAACCCUAAAGAAAGUGAUGCAGGCAUCUACCAGUGUGUGGCCACCAAUAGCAAGGGGACAGCUGUCACUCAUAAGGUCAUGUUGGUAGAGGCUAUCCAGAAUCCAUUUCUGAACCUCCGACUGCAAGUGAAGAAGCCAGCAGUGGGUCAGCCAUUCAAACUGGAGUGUGAAAAUAUGCCACAGACAUACCCUGAACCAGAAAUAACUUGGGAAGUGGAGAAGAAGAGGGGUUCCAGGAGGAGCAGUUUUUAUAUGAAUGAUAGAGUUACUCUAGACCAUGAAGGAAACUUGUACUUUGCCAAUGUGGUCCCAGAUGACAAUAUGAAUGGCCGUCCCUACGCAUGCAAGGUGAACAACCCCUUCCUCAGGUCUAGCGUCAUGGGGCCCAAUGUGAAACUGGAACCCUCUGGAACCAUAAGCAGUGUGCUCCCUUAUGCACCCAUACUGCUGUGGUCAUCUCCCAGCAAGGUGGAUGCCUUGAAAGACGAUGAAGUACAAAUUAAGUGUAUCUUUGGAGGCUACCCUACACCAAGAAUAAAGUGGUACAGAAAGAAUGGAGACAUCUCUGAGCCACUUAAUGCCAGAGGAUCAAGCUAUGAGAUUGAAGAUUACGGCAUGGCCGUGCUUUUUCGCAGCAUCAGUUAUGACGAUGCCCAGAGGUACCAGUGCGUCGGCGAGAACACUCAGGGACAGUCUAGUCACGAUAUUGAGAUUAGUGUAGAGUCUAUACCUGAAUUGGAGAAAGAACCAACCAACAUUGAUAUAGAAGAAGCAGAAACUGUCAGGGUGGAAUGUGUUGCUACGGGGAUGCCCACUCCAGUCACAGAGUGGUUUAUUAAUGGGAAACCACUGAAAGAUGUUCCUCUAAACCCCCGUAGAACCGACACCUUGGACUACAUUGAGUUCACAGACCUGAGGAAAGAGGACUCUGCCGUGAUCCAGUGUAAUGCUUCCAAUGAGAACGGCUAUGUAUUUGUCAAUGGAUAUCUUAAUGUUAUGGCUGAGGAGCCCCACUUCAUCCAGUGUCCAGAACCAUCCGUCAAGAAGGUCGUAGGCGACUCUGCUAACAUCACAUGCCGUAUCUUCGGAGCACCAAAGCCGGAUAUGACGUGGAAGCUGAAGGACGAGGUGGUGUCACAGGGUCAAGUGGGGACCACUGGAGGGGACGUGGGGGGAGCACGCUUUGUGAGGGAAGCCACUGGCAACUUGAUCAUAAAGAACCUUGAGAAGGAAGACAGUGGGUUUUACCUGUGUGAGGCUGUCAACACAUAUGGACAUAUUCAACAGUCUGGGGAGCUGAUAGUCCGGUAUCCCACGGUGAUAGACAACCCCCCUGGUAAUGUGAGGGGUACAGCAGGGAGUGUGGUCACCAUUAACUGUACAGCCAGCACUGAUCCUGAGGAGGAGGAGAACCUCAUUGUGACAUGGAUGAAGAAUGGAGUGAAAAUUGACAUCAAGAGUAACCCCAGAUACAGGAUGAAUCCAGACAACUCCCUGGUGAUAGACCCAGCCUACGUCAGUGACACUGCAGACUUCAGCUGCAAUGCCUCCAAUGGUCUGGACUCUGUGGUCAAGUCGGGCAGCCUGGUGGUCAGCUCCCCACCAGGACCACCAGUAGAUGUCCUCGUAGAUGAAUGUGGAACAAGACAAGCUCGCAUUUCUUGGAGCAAAGGAGCAGAAAACAAUGCCAGAAUUUUACUGUACAUCAUUGAAUAUAGUGUAGCAGACGACCCUGGCAAUUGGCAGCAGCUGAAGAACAUCAGUGCCCCUUACAGUACGGUCACCUUAGACCUGGCACCAUAUAAGUCGUACUCCUUCCGAGUGAGAGCCCAGAAUGAGGCUGGAAUCGGAGAGCCAAGUGCGGUGACUGAGAAUACAAAAUGCACCACCCCUCCAGAAAUUCCUGAGAAGAACCCCGAUAAUCCCAGAACAGAAGAUCGUCGACCUAAAACUUUGGUCGUGUUAUGGGAUCCACUGACAAAAGAUGAGCUGAACGGCCCAGGAUUUCAUUACAAGAUCAGAUAUCGACGCACAGAUCUUGACCGUAACACACCAUUCUCAGAGGCCACAGUUGAUGAUCCGGACCAAGGAGAAAUUGUCAUUGAUUCAGAUACCUACAGACCAUAUGAAAUCUAUGUGGAGGCAGUGAAUGACAUAGGCACAGCACAACCCCCAGCACAGAGAAUUACUGGCUUUUCUGGGGAAGGAAAGCCAUCCAUAUUUCCUGAAAAUUUCCGUGAAGAUGAAGACGAGACGGCCACAUCAGACACAGUUUUUGUGAGGUGGUCCCCUGUUAAACCAGAGCCUGAAACUGUGAAGGGCAAAUUUAUGGGAUAUCAGAUCCAGUACUGGCUUGCAGAUGAAGAUGAAUCCAAGAUGAAGAGAAUCAACGUCAAUGCCACUGAAGAGACUGAGAACUCUUACGGCAGAGGACGCAGAGCUGCUGACGAUGUCAAGGCAUCCAUUCCUGACCUGCCACCCUAUGCCGCCAUAACUGCCCAGGUGGCCGUCAGGAACAGGAGAUUUGUUGGCGAUGCAUGUCCUCCUAUUGAUAUCAAGACAGCUGAAGGAGCCCCAGGCCCAAUCACUAACUUUGAGGUGAGUGCCAAGGGCCCAACCCUGAUGGACCUGAAGUGGGAGCCCCCUCUAGUGGCUAAUGGUAUACUGACUGGAUACACCAUAGAAUACAGAACUGCCAAUGAGUCUGAAGACUUGGGACCCGUCAUGGUGGAAGAGGUCACAGAUCCCACGCAACUGACGCUGAGACUCAGUGACCUGGAGCCAGCCACCAAUUAUCGCAUCACUCUCAGAGCAGAGACUGGAGGCGGACUUGGAGAAGAACUGACCAGAGAUGCAGAAACCAUGGUUAUGUGUCCACCCAAUGCACCAAUAGUGGACAUUGUGGCUGCAGAGACCAGUAUGAGUGUGUCCUGGACGCCAGCCAGUGACAACCCUGGGACCACUUUUUAUGUGGAGUACAGGAGACCAGAUGAUAACACGUGGAUAAGAAUCCCAGCAGAAGAAGGUGUCAAUUCAGUGGACAUUGGACGUUUGGACCCUGGGAUGGAGUAUGAAGUGCGUGUGAUCGCAAGCAACGACCCAGACAGCACGGAGUUUGAGACUGCUAGUCCCAUAGAGACUGUACGGAUGGCAGGAGCAGCUGCUCUGACUGAAGAGCUAGGCCCAGGGAUCUGGUUUGCCAUCCUACUGGCCAUCAUCAUCCUCCUCAUCAUCAUCCUGCUCCUCUUCUGCUGCAUUAGGAGGAAGAGUCAAAAUAAGUAUAAUGUGGAGGAGAAGGAGAAGCUGCGCCCUCACUCUAAUGGACCCCAGUUCUCUGAGUUCAGCAGAGGAGCUCCAGGAUCUCAAGAACCCCUUGAACCAGAGGACGCGGACAGACCAGAGAGUGAAUCAGAUAGCAUGGAUCAAUAUGGAGAAAAUGAACUUGGGAAGUUUAACGAAGAUGGUUCUUUCAUCGGCCAAUAUGGCCGCAGCCAGCCUGGCGCUAAGGGACAGGAUUCGUCGCGCUCUGCAAUGCAAACUUUUGUUUGAUUUAUUAAAAUUAGGACUUUUGCUACUUUCUAAACUGUAUAAUCAAAAAUUGCCAAUAUAUAUCAAACUUGUCAAAAUGGAUGCCGUCAGCCAACUUUAUUAUAAGAUGAGAAGUGUGCUAGCUAUGCAUAAUUUGUGUGAUUUUCAUGGACUUACAACAGCCAUUUUUACAGCUGUUUCACCUUGGACCCAUGAAACAUGAACGUAUACAAUUGUAUCAUGGAUCCUGGUUUGAUUCAAAAAUAACAGUUUCAUAGCUUUAAUUUGUCCUCAGACAGGCCUGUGGACAAGUGGGGGUAGGUGGGUUAGAAAUUUUUAAAAACUUUGGGCCAUAAAAGUUCCCCUUUGAAUCAAAUUAUAAUUUAGAUUUGAUGCCAUAUCUCAAGUUGGGUCAACUAAAUUAAUAGCUAGAUCAUUAAAAGAUUCAUUUUUUAAGAAAAAUAAACUUUAUUUCCAUCCCUCUUUGAAACUACUGGCUGUGCAGGCCUGUCAGAGCUUGGCUGGGUGUACAGAGAAGAGUAGGGAAUGAUGGCUUGAUGUAGGUGUUUGGUACCACACCCUGUGCUUCACUAUGCAACUUCUUUAAGAAAUAAUUGCUCAAUUUUAUACUGCCAUUUUUCUGAUUAAAUAAAAUAUUGUUGUUACACUUGUAAAAAUAAGAAAAUGUUCCCAUUUGUAUGAAGUAGUUGGAAUUUGUAAACAAGAUUUUUUAAAACAUGCAGUUUUUAAAAACAUCUCUAAGAUUGAUAAAGUUUUCUACGUACAUUAAAUGAUUAUUCAUAAUAAUACUGAACUAUUUUUAAGAUAAUUAAUUAGUUAUAUUGAUAAACUGAUUGAUAUAUUUAUAGGAAUUUUAUUAGCCAUGCACUGUCUAAUGAGGAUAAGAAGUAAGAAGUAAUUAGUUACAGUUCAAGGGUCUGUAUCCACAAAAGAUGUGUACACCAGAAGUUGGCCAAAAGUGAUAGACGGUUUCUGUUUUUGAAUGGAAUGCUGCAGAAUUAU